GGCCGGGGGCGGAGCGCCGGGUGUCAAGCGCCGAACGUUGGCUCGGCUCGGCUGUCCAGGGGAGCGCGAGGAACGGUUGACUCGCGAGCUGGGGUCCGCGAGCGAGUGUGACACGGUCGUGGGGAAGGGGCGCGCGUGUCCCCGACGCGGCUCUUCUGAACUCGGGUCUCCAAACAUACUCUGUAAAGAGGCUUGCCCCGUUGCGAGGAGAGGGACGAGUGCCCGCCUUGCGUUGCAUAGGGCGGCGGCGCUGCUAAGACGGUGCUGACCGUUGUACGUGGGAAGAGGCGGCGGAGCGCAGCGGGGUCUCGGGGGUUGUUAGAGCAGGUGGCUGCUAGGUGAGUCAGCUGGGGACUGGAGAGGCCGGCUGUGCAAAACAAGUUGUGCCGGCUUGUUGGGUGCUGCGGGAGUCGAGCGGAUCCGAUUAGGAGAACGACUUGGGUUGUUAGGCGCGUUGCGUGUGAGUGAGGUCCGGCGAGGGUUCGCGAUGGGUCCUCUGCUGUCUCUCGGGGUCGGGCUUCUGCUGCUCAUCCUGUGGGCCCGCUAUAAAGGGCUCGCGUACGUGCUGGUCCACCACCGCUGGGUCUUCGUCUGCCUCUUCCUGCUGCCCCUCUCCGUGCUCUUCGACAUCUACUACCAGUUCCGCGCCUGGAUGGUUCAGAAGAUGCACAGCGCGCCCCGGCAGCACAACCUGCGUGUUCGCAACAUCCAGGAGCAGGUACGAGAAUGGAAAAAAGAAGGGCUAAAAACAUAUAUGUGCACAGGACGUCCUGGCUGGCUUACAGUGUCUCUUCGUGUUGGAAAGUACAAGAAGACGCUUAAGAAUAUAACAAUCAACUUGAUGGAUGUUCUGGAAGUGGACACUGAGAGAAUGGUUGUCCGUGUGGAACCCUUGGUCACAAUGGGACAAUUAACAGCACACCUCAACCCCAUAGGCUGGACUAUUCCAGUGGUACCAGAACUUGAUGACCUUACUAUAGGUGGUUUGAUCAUGGGGACUGGUAUUGAAUCGUCCUCCCACAUCUAUGGACUGUUUCAGCAUUCCUGCGUGGCCUAUGAACUUGUUCUUGCUGAUGGGAGCCAUGUGAGAUGUACACCGGAGGAGAAUUCAGACCUAUUUUAUGCGGUUCCUUGGUCUUGUGGCACACUGGGCUUCCUGGUGGCAGCUGAAAUAAAAAUGAUCCCAGCGAAAAAAUAUGUGAAGCUGCAUUAUGAGCCUGUGAGAGGACUGAAGACAAUCUGCAAGAGAUUUGCUGAAGAAUCUGAGAAGAAAGAAAACCAUUUUGUGGAGGGUCUGGUUUAUUCUUUAGAAGAAGCUGUCAUAAUGACCGGAGUUUUGACCAAUGAAGCUGAUCAUAGUAAGAUCAACAGAAUUGGAUGCUACUACAAGCCAUGGUUUUUCAAGCAUGUGGAGAACUAUCUAAAGGCUAACAAGACGGGAACGGAAUAUAUCCCUGCAAGGCAAUACUAUCACAGGCAUACACGGAGCAUAUUCUGGGAGCUCCAGGAUAUCAUCCCAUUUGGCAAUAACCCUGUUUUCCGCUACCUGUUUGGUUGGAUGGUUCCUCCUAAAAUCUCCCUCUUAAAACUGACCCAAGGAGAAGCAAUUCGGAAGCUCUAUGAGCAGCAUCACGUUGUACAAGACAUGAUGGUCCCCAUGAAAAGCCUUGAGCAAUGUAUUGAAACCUUCCACAGUGACAUUAAAGUUUAUCCUCUGUGGCUCUGCCCCUUCAUCUUGCCCAAUAACCCUGGCAUGAUCCACCCAAAAGGAGAUGAAGCAGAGCUCUAUGUGGACGUAGGAGCCUAUGGAGAGCCCAAAACAAAAUACUUCGAAGCUAAGGCUUCCACCAGGCAAAUAGAAAAGUUUGUAAGGAGUGUUCAUGGUUUUCAGAUGUUGUAUGCUGAUUGCUAUAUGACCCGUGAGGAAUUCUGGGAAAUGUUUGAUGGCUCGCUGUACCACAAGCUGAGGAAGCAACUUCAUUGUAAUGAUGCUUUUCCAGAGGUGUAUGAUAAAAUCUGCAAAUCUGCAAGACAUUAAAUCGGACUCACCUGAGCAAGAAAUUGGGUGAAGUUGGAUUUUACAAUAACUAAUUGCUCUGCCCUUAACGAAAGCAUGUUGUUGCUGUCCCAAAGACUUCAAGCAUAUUUGUGAUUUAAGAGAUAUAAACUCCUGCCUUUAUAUGAAAAAAAAUCUACACUUAAUAAUCUUAUAGCUUAGAAAUGGAAAUUCCUAUAAGGUUUAAUUAUAGGUUUGCUAUAGAUCUUUUAGUGGUUUCCUGUAGAAAAAUGGGGAAAAUCUGAGUUUUGAGGAUGCUAGAACUGCAGUCUAGCUAGCCAUUGCCAGUGGGAGUUUGAUAGGAGCUUCACUACUACAAAUGUAAUGGGAUGGGAUCCUGUAAUUUAGAAAAUCACCUCUACGCGAGGGUAGUGCCAAAUACCUGCCAAAUGAGACUGCCUUUAAAUUACGUCACUGUUGCCUAUACCAUAUCACUAAGCUUUCCCAGGAUUUCUAUUUGAAUUGUUGAAAGUAACCAUGCAUUAGAUUCACAGUUGUAGACCUGUCUGUCUGAAAGUGCUGGAAGUUAUGGUUUGCAGGCAAUUUGAAUUGUUCAGCCUCUCUCUUUUUACUUUCAAUUACAUUUUUCUUUAGUUGUGUCCAUCAAGGUUUCUUUGAUGCAGGGGAAGACUUGCUGGUAUGCACUGUGGAGGGGUUGGUGCAUUUAUCUUUCCUGUUUAUAAAUGAUGUUGCUUUUGUCUGUUCUCCCUGCUGCCCCCAGUUCUACAAGUCUUCAGUGCAAACUGCUUCUGGAUGGCCUUUAUUUGUUUGUUUUCCUGUGUUGCUUUUUGGUAUCGCUGCUGCUGCUACAAGAUACAGAAUAUGCUAUGAUUAUCUGUUUUUUGGCUAACAAACACUGGAUUAGCAGUUUAAAUGGAUUGUCAGAAAUGCAAGAUUGGCCUCAUUUUUCAUAAUACACGGAGAAGAUCAACACUGAUCAGACACUGAGCAAACUGGUUUCAUUUUGUUGCCUAACUAAUUUAGGCUUUAUUUUGUUUUUGAAAUGUGUAGCAAAUUAUGGGUUUUGUGUGGUAGAUGAUGCACAUAACGUUAGUUUGAAAGGCAGUAUUCACCAUGGGUAUCUUUUAUUUUUAGGAAGUUUUUAUUUUUAUUUUUAGUGCCUUAAUCAACUGGAAGAGACCUGGAUCAUUUUAGCCAUCCUAUUUUUUAGACUUCAUUAGCGUUUGGAAAUGCGGGUGGGGUAGGAAUAGAUAUCCAGAUUUUUAAAAUGUCGGAACAUGCACCCCACAUGUAGAUGAAAGGAAACUUAAGCUUUUGUAUGAUGUAACUCAGUCCUAUGCACAUUUACCCACAAGUCCCACUUUCAGUAAGCCUUAAGAGAGCCACGUACAUCCAGAAGCCAAACUUGCACGCAGCCAGCCUUGUAGGAGGACGGAUACCAUUUCUUCAUCCUCUUUACCCUCAUCCUGCCCAACAAAAGGCAGAGGAUUUGGAUGAAGCAGAGCUGUCCUUCUGCCUAAAUCUGUCAGCAAGAGAGAUCUGUUGCCAUCUGUCAAGCCCUCCAAAGUGCUCGCUCAAAAGGUGGAUGACAGAUACAGCUGGUGAUAUUCAGCAGAAACCUGGGGUUGAGAGACCAACACAUGAUCAACUGGAUCCUGAUCCAUCCCAGCUGCUGGCAGCCACAGGCCCAAACUAGGCCACCAGCCCAGCCCUGGGAGCUGUUCUAGUGAGGGGGAAUUUUGCCCCCUGCUUCUUCCACGCUGGCUGGUGUGUUGUCAGUAGGGCUGUGGAAGUAGCAGCGGCUACAAUUCAUUAAACCUAGCUUUAGUGGUCCAGGGGUUCGGGUUGCACACUAGUGAGAGAGGAGCAGGCCUCAACUUUACUUUUAUGUGUGCCCCCCUCUUCCAUACAUUCUGAUUAAUGUUAAAAUGUUAACAUGGUUGUUUUCUUUUUCACAAUUCUACAAGCUAGUGGUUUUUCUGUUAGGGUAAAGCUUCUGCACUGAAGCAAUAAGCCCCCAAUGCCUCUAACAUCAAUGCUUCCUAAAAACCUAAUGUAAUAGCAAUAGGUUAAGUUUAGCUGGGGCCAUGAACUUUCCCAUAAUAAAACUCGCUUCACAGUUUUACAGUAAUCAGUUUUACAGGGGUUAAGUGGGUUUGGGUUUCUUCUUUCCUUUUCAUUGCACCAAAUUUAACCAAAAUCUGAUCCAAAGACUAGUCAAGACUCAAAAAUUCUCACGUGGAAUUAUUUAUCUGAACAUAGGGAGAAAUGUUCGGCUUGGUGAGACAAUAUAAAAACAUCUAACUGUCUGUGGGGUUUUAUUUAUGACCAGCUGAUGGUCUUAUUUAUUGGAAGAGAAUAAACGAGCAUAUUUUAGCGACUCAGUAAUGCACAUGCAUUUAGACUGAUCCAUCUGAUAACUAUUCCUUGAUGGGGGAGAGCCUUGCAUACACUGCCGUAGCACAUCUGAAAACCAUUCUCAUAAUGUUUGUGAGAGUAGGAAGUGACAGUGGCAGUAAAAAGCCGCUGUAGCUGUGCCAGCGUGUUGGGCAUAGGUUGAAUCCAGAAAGGGACUGAGAGUUGACAGCGCAAUCCAUGCUUGCCAUUAUUUAUCUGUGCAGGAAUGAGUUCUAAAGGCAAAGGGGGGGAAAGUGCCAGAGUCUGUAAUCUGUAGAGUAUGUCUUUGUGUCGCACACGGUUCUGUUUCUCAUCACAGGCUGUAUCUGCAAGUGUGUUUGUCCUCUUGCUACAACCAUAGUGAAAAAGAGUCCCAACCACUCAGAUGUCCUAAUUUUAUACCAGCAGCCACAGUGUACUUACGUUGCAACUGUCAGCUGUUUUGUACUGCUGCUCUUGGGCAGAACUUGCCUACGACCAUAAAAAAAAUAUGCUAUUUUGAUGUGACUGAAUAAAAUGGUGUUGAGAAGA